AUGGAUAGUCCAUGUCGUGUUAUGGUUAAUGUUGGUACUCAAGCAGCAACGAAUAAUCGAGAUUUGUUACCGCUAUCCAAUGAAGCGUUUUUAGCUGAUUUUACAACAAAAUCAUCAAUAUCAGAUUUUAAUUGUAAUGACAACAGAAGAUAUUCUCGUCCAUCGGAUGGAACACGAAUGGAACAAAUAACAAUUCAACCAUCAAUGGGCGUAAAACCAUUUUUAGCCCCAGAUUCAGCAAUUCUUCAGAUUGUUCGUAGUGGAAAUGCGCAACAAGAAUCAUUUCCACAACAGCAAUAUGGUUCAUUGCCACAGCAGCAUUUUAACAGUAACAAUGGUAUGUUUAAUAAUCGACGUCGUUUUAAUAAUACUAAUGGUUAUAUGAACAAUCAAAAUUUCGGACUCCUUGGUGCUCGCCCACGUCAAACAUCUCCAAAUCGAUCAUCAUUAAAUCGUCGUUCAAAUAAUAUGUAUGCUGAUGAAUUGAAUCCAUUUCAACAAAAGAAUCGUUUUCAGCAGCAGCAACAAUUCAAUAAUAACUAUUCACAAGCUUAUGAUAAUCGGAUGAAUGUAGUUGAUCAAUUACUUGCUGCCAGUCGCCCAUUGCCCGUAUCGUUUAAACCUCAAGCAGUCAAUAGCGGUCAAUCAUCUCAAUAUCACCAGCAAACACGACCAUUUAUUAAUCGUCGUCCAAUGUCUGCACAACAAGAACAAUUUAUGCAUAUGAAUAUGCAACAACAAUCAUUUUCACAAUCAAAUGGUGGAUAUUUUUUAAAUAAUCAACGAUCAAACCGUGAUGUUAGAAUGAAUAGAAAUGCCGGUGGUAUGUGGUUCGAUCGUCGUGGUGGUGAUGGCAAUAAUCGUCCUAUAAUGAGAACAAAUUAUAACAAUUCAUAUCAAGAUCAAUAUUAUUCAAAUAAUGAUGGUGGUUAUAAUUACAAUUUCGAUAUUUUUCCAUAUUCGGCUCCGUUUCGACCACAAUACAAUAAUAGUAAUUACCGAAGAAAUUAUAAUAAUAUAAACAAUUAUCAACAAGCAAAUGAAAUGAGACAAUAUUGGUAUGGCGGUAUGCAACGUGGAACAUAUCAAAGACGAUCAAUGGGAAGACGUGGGGCAACGCGUGGACAACUGUCUCGUGCUAAUCGUAAUAGCGGCUAUGGCCGACAGCGCGGUGUUGCUAUUACAAAUCGUCGUGGACGUGGUGCAGCAAGAGGUCGCGGUAGUCGUACUACUAAAUCAAAUCGACAACAAAAAUCACCAACAAUUCCAGCAACACCAAAUGCAAAUGGAACUUCGCCGUUAAAAACAAAAACCAACAGUCAACAACAAAAACGUCGUACAAAGUCAAAGCGUAAAAAUCGUAAGCAAGGAUCAAAAGAUAAUACGGAAGUUGUUGUAUGUAAUUAUAUCGAUACUUUGCUCGGUCAACUCAUUGUCGAAGCCGUAUCCGAAUCCUUAUCUAUUGAAGGUGCUACAACGGAUGCUACAACAACAGCUGAUGAAAACAAAAAAUCCAAAAAAACAAAAAAGGCAGGAACAGCUCUAAAAACUAACACAAGCGAAUGGGAUGGCAGUAGUAGUAGUGGUGAAAAAGAAAAACGAACAGUACAAAAUGAUGAUGAAAAAUUAGCAGCAACACCAACAGAAAAUAAUGAUGAAUGGCAUGAUAUCGACAAGGAUGAUGAGUCAGACUCUUCAUCGUCUUCUUCGUCACUAAAUCAUUCACCAAAUCUGACAAUGACUGGUCAUCACAACUCUGAACAGACAACAACGGACAAAAGCAAAGAAACAGCAUUACCACCUAGGGACAAGACGAAAGAUGCUGCUGCUGAUAACAAAAGAUCAUUGACGAAUGAACAAAAACAACCGUCUCUUUCACCAAGUGCAUCCGAUUCAUCCAUGGCUGUUAACGUUGGGCAUGUUUCAUCAUUAGUUUGUCCACCAACAUCAAAUCAAAUUCGUUCAGCUUCCAAUAAUUUUCUGAAUCGACAACAACGUCUUUUUAAUUCUGGUUCAACUGCUUGUGAAGAACAAAAAAGUGAAGCCCGUGAAGGAUACGAAGAGCGCUGUGAACCGUCUCUUCCUUGGCUGCGAAAUCGAAAUAUGAAUAGGAAUUGUCCUGAUAUUAAUACAUGGAAUGAAUUAGAUGUUUAUGAAAUCGGAAAUGGUGGUGGUUUUGAUUUGGCCACAUUAACAAAAUUAUUACCGCAAGAUAUGUCCGUAGAAAAAAUUGUUAGUGGAAUUGUUACCGGUGUUAUCGCUGGAGGUUUAGGUGGAAAGAAGAAACGAAAUGCUGCCGAUGAAGAAAGAUGUGAACCUAGCAUGCCAUUUUAUCGAAACAAAGGCAAAGAACGAAAUUGUCCUGAUUUGGACACAUGGGAAGCAUUUAAAAAUUAUGAAAUUGGAAGUGGUUUUUCGGUGGAAGAUUUGAAACCUAAUAUUAAUAUUAAAUUACCGAGACUUCCAACCGCCGAUGAUGCAGUAAAGAAAAUUCUGGGCGUCGAUUCACGAGGAUACAAUCAAUAUUCGAAUAAUGAUGACAAAAGCGAUGAAGCAUAG